AAUUCGAAGCUAAAGCUGCUAGAAAUUGAGAUUCCUCGGCCUCCUCCGCACGCCCCCCUCUGCCCCCGCCCCAAAGACCCGGUGGUUUGCUGGCUGCCUGCUUCCCGCCCCCGGCUCGGAGGUCGCUGGCGGGCGGGCGCCCCGUCGGCCGCCGGCUUCCUCCUUCAAACCCGGCGGCGCACAUGAGGCCACUGCCCCCGCCGCAGGCGCUGGCACCCCCCUCCCGGUGCCCGUGGUGAUGCCAUGCCCCGCCACCACGCGGGAGGAGAGGAGGGCGGCGCCGCCGGGCUCUGGGUGAAGAGCAGUGCGGCGGCGGCGGCGGGCGGGGGGCGCCUGGGCAGCGGCAUGAAGGAUGUGGAGUCGGGCCGGAGCAGAGUGCUGCUGAACUCCGCGGCCGCCAGGGGCGACGGCCUGCUGCUUCUGGGCACCCGCGCGGCCGCGCUCGGCGGCGGCGGCGGCGGCCUGAGGGAGAGCCGCCGGGGCAAGCAGGGGGCCCGGAUGAGCCUGCUGGGGAAGCCGCUCUCGUACACUAGUAGCCAGAGCUGCCGGCGAAACGUCAAGUACCGGCGAGUGCAGAACUAUCUUUACAACGUAUUGGAGAGACCCCGCGGCUGGGCGUUCAUCUACCACGCUUUCGUUUUCCUCCUUGUCUUUGGUUGCUUGAUUUUGUCCGUGUUUUCUACCAUCCCUGAACACACAAAAUUGGCCUCAAGUUGCCUCUUAAUUCUGGAGUUCGUGAUGAUUGUCGUCUUUGGCUUGGAGUUCAUCAUUCGAAUCUGGUCGGCAGGUUGCUGUUGUCGGUAUAGAGGAUGGCAAGGAAGACUGAGGUUUGCCCGAAAGCCCUUCUGUGUUAUAGAUACCAUUGUUCUUAUUGCUUCAAUAGCAGUUGUUUCUGCAAAAACUCAGGGUAACAUUUUUGCCACGUCCGCACUCAGAAGUCUCCGUUUCCUACAGAUCCUCCGUAUGGUGCGCAUGGACCGGAGGGGAGGCACUUGGAAAUUACUAGGUUCAGUGGUUUAUGCACAUAGCAAGGAAUUAAUCACAGCUUGGUACAUAGGAUUUUUGGUUCUUAUAUUUUCAUCUUUCCUUGUCUAUCUGGUGGAAAAGGAUGCAAAUAAAGAGUUUUCUACGUAUGCAGAUGCUCUCUGGUGGGGCACAAUUACAUUGACAACUAUUGGCUAUGGAGACAAAACUCCCCUAACUUGGCUGGGAAGAUUGCUUUCUGCAGGCUUUGCGCUCCUUGGCAUUUCUUUCUUUGCACUUCCUGCCGGCAUUCUUGGCUCAGGUUUUGCAUUAAAAGUACAGGAACAGCACCGCCAGAAACACUUCGAGAAAAGAAGGAACCCAGCUGCCAACCUCAUUCAGUGUGUUUGGCGUAGUUAUGCAGCUGAUGAGAAAUCUGUUUCCAUUGCAACCUGGAAGCCCCACUUGAAGGCCUUGCACACCUGCAGCCCCACCAAGAAAGAACAAGGGGAAGCAUCAAGCAGUAAGUUCUGUAGUAAUAAGCAGAAGCUCUUCAGAAUGUACACUUCACGGAAGCAGAGUCAGAAGCUAAGUUUUAAGGAGCGAGUGCGCAUGGCUAGCCCGAGGGGCCAGAGUAUUAAGAGCAGACAAGCCUCAGUAGGUGACAGGAGGUCCCCAAGCACCGACAUCACAGCCGAGGGCAGCCCCACCAAAGUUCAGAAGAGCUGGAGCUUCAAUGACCGAACCCGCUUCCGGCCCUCGCUACGCCUCAAAAGUUCUCAGCCAAAACCAGUGAUAGAUGCUGACACCGCACUUGGCACAGAUGAUGUAUAUGAUGAAAAAGGAUGCCAGUGUGAUGUAUCAGUAGAAGACCUCACCCCACCACUUAAAACUGUCAUUAGAGCUAUCAGAAUUAUGAAAUUUCAUGUCGCCAAACGGAAGUUUAAGGAAACAUUACGCCCAUAUGAUGUAAAAGAUGUCAUUGAACAAUAUUCUGCUGGUCACCUGGACAUGCUGUGUAGAAUUAAAAGCCUUCAAACACGUGUUGAUCAAAUUCUUGGAAAAGGGCAAAUCACAUCAGAUAAGAAGAGCCGAGAGAAAAUAACAGCAGAACAUGAGACCACAGACGACCUCAGUAUGCUUGGCCGGGUGGUCAAAGUUGAAAAACAGGUCCAGUCCAUUGAGUCUAAGCUGGACUGCCUGCUGGACAUCUACCAACAGGUCCUCCGGAAAGGCUCUGCCUCAGCCCUUACUUUGGCUUCAUUCCAGAUCCCACCUUUUGAAUGUGAACAGACAUCUGACUAUCAAAGCCCUGUGGAUAGCAAAGACCUGUCCAGUUCCGCGCAGAACAGUGGCUGCUUAACUAGAUCAGCUAGUGCCAACAUCUCGCGAGGUCUGCAGUUCAUUCUGACGCCAAAUGAGUUCAGCGCUCAGACUUUCUAUGCGCUUAGCCCUACUAUGCACAGUCAAGCAACACAGGUGCCAAUGAGUCAAAGUGAUGGUUCCGCAGUGGCGGCCACCAGCAACAUUGCAAACCAAAUAAAUGCGGCACCCAAGCCAGCAGCCCCAACAACUUUACAGAUCCCGCCUCCUCUCCCAGCCAUCAAGCAUCUGACCAGGCCCGAGACCCUGCACCCAAACCCCGCAGGCUUACAGGAAAGUAUUUCUGAUGCCACCACCUGCCUUGUUGCCUCCAAGGAAAACGUUCAGGUUGCACAGUCAAAUCUGAUCAAGGACCGUUCCCUGAGGAAAAGCUUUGACAUGGGAGGAGAAACUCUGUUGUCUGUUCGCCCCAUGGUGCCCAAGGACUUGGGCAAAUCUUUGUCUGUACAAAACCUGAUCAGGUCGACAGAGGAACUGAAUUUACAGCUUUCAGGGAGUGAGUCAAGUGGCUCCAGAGGCAGCCAAGAUUUUUACCCCAAGUGGAGGGAAUCCAAAUUGUUUAUAACUGAUGAAGAGGUGGGUCCUGAAGAGAUAGAGACAGACACUUUUGAUGCCACCCCACAGCCGGCCAGGGAAGCUGCUUUUGCAUCAGACUCUCUAAGGACUGGAAGAUCACGAUCAUCUCAGAGCAUUUGUAAAGCGGGAGAAAGUACAGAUGCCCUCAGCUUGCCUCAUGUCAAACUGAAAUAAGCUCUUUGUUUUAUUUCUAGGCAUAGCAGUUCCUUUAGCCAUACAUAUCAUUGCAUGAACUAUUUUGAAAGCCCUUCUAAAAAGUUGAAAUUGCAAGAAUCAGAAAGAACAUGAAAGGCAGUUUAUAAGCCCGUUAUCUUUUAAUUGCAUGAAAAUGCAUGUUUAGGGAUGGCUGAAAUUCCAAGGUGCAUCAACAUUAACCCACUCAUUUAGUAAUGUACCUUGAGUUUAAAAUCAUCAGAAACCAAACACUGCUAAUGCUACAGGGUAUAUGAAAACAUCAAGAUUAGGUGAUCUAGAAGAUUUCGACACUGUGUUUUGAAAUUGUGGAAGAAAACACCUUCAAAUUUCAGGCAUUUCUGCUUUGUAACUAAAUACAAAAUACGUUUUCAAAAUUAGGCCAUAAUGUAUAUUUAAACACAAUGGCUCUCAUAGCUGCUAACAAGGUAUCAAGUAAAACAGAAUUUGGGAAUAACAGAAAUGGUUGCUUAUUUCAAGAUAUAUUUGCCAACCCAUUUCUAUUCAGUCAUUUUAUUAUUAAUGUAAUUUGUCAGUUUGUAUGCUUUUGGUGAUUUAGCGCUGUGGCAAGCAAUUUUGCACAUCAUUUUCAUGUUGUCCUUUAUGACAAGAAUGUUUUUUCAUUUAGAAAAUGUGCAAAUAAUGAAAUUCAGGGCCAGCAGGGCAAAUAGACUCACUAUCUGACAUAUUUGACUUUAUGGAAACGUAUUCCCUGAUGGCAGAAUCAACUCUAUGAGUGGUCAGCUUCUAUACACAUGCAUGAAACACUGAUGGGUAGAACAGCCAGUGUGAUUGGGCAUCUCUGCGAUGGCACCAAGCCCAGGUUUGCCAAUCCUGGCCGUAUGAAGGGCCAGUGUGAGAAGCUAUUGCCAUUUAGCCAACACACAGGUAGGACCCUGGGGAGCGGGACAGUUAAGUGGAACUGAGAGACAAAAGGCUUCAAAAGAAGCCAGAAACAACACCAGGAAGUAGGCUAUAUCCAGAAAAUGACUUCUCCCUCAAAGGGCAGUGAGAGGGAGAGAAACAAACCAAAAUAAAAGAAAUCAAAUUUUUGGAAAACGAGUAUUGCUAAGGAAUUCAACUGCCUAAGCAUCCCUUAUUCUUAUAUAGAAACAGAGAAUUUUGCAAGUUAUUUAUUUUUUAAUAUACCCUGAAUGUCUUUUGCUAUUAUGUCUUACAUUUUUGCAUAUGAAAGGCUACAACUAAAGGUUCCUUUACUUUUUAUACUAUAGUGAACACUUGGUAUUCUCCCCAAGAAUGUUGUCCCAAAUCUGAAAUUACCAGUUCGAUUUCCUCAUAGAAACAUUCACAAUUAGAAGCCAGAUAGCACUGCAGGGUCCACUAAUCACAAUGCUUAAUAAUAUAUCAUGGCAGAAAAAAGACCAAGGGAAAGAAGUUAAAAAUGUAUUUAUCAGAAAGGAAGAAAUGGCCAAGUGCUGUGGAGCACUGUACUCCCAGCAACUCAAGAGGCUAAGGCAGGAGGGUCACAAGUACCAGGCAACCCUCAGCAACUUAGUGAGGCCCUAAGCAACUCAAUGAGACCCUGUGCCACAAUCAAAACAAGAAUGUUUGGAGAUGUGGCUCAAUGGUAAAGUGCCUCACUCAAUUCCCAGUUCAAAACAAAAGAAAGAAAUGCAGACUGGUUUUUAGAAACCGAGCUCUCUCAGAUGGUCAGAACCUGGGCCAAAGGCAAGGAAAGGAAAAAGAACAUUUCAAAUAAGUUAAACCUCAAGAAAGGAAGAGCUUUUCCCUUGGCAAACCUCUGAGCUGCCUCCAGCCAAACUUCUCCAGCAGCCAGGGAUAAUGACCAGGAAUAUUAACUGGCCCUUCAAAGAAAAGAGGCCCCCAAAUCCAGUGACCCUUUCCAAUUCCCCCGUAGCAGACAGUCUCUAUCACUACCUUUCUUUUUUUCUUCCUGGAUUGCUUAUUGAUUCCCUACCACUAUUUUGCUCUGAAAUUUCACUAGACCUUAUCCAUCCUCCAUCCCCAACCAAUUCUUCUCUCUACCUAAAAUGUUUUUCUUAACAUUUAAAAAAUUUUUGUCCCUUUGAUAAAUUUUAAAAGCUUCCUCUUCUCACCCCACUUGGAUCCUAAUACUAUCACCUGCAGUGUAUUAUUCAGAACCUUCUUGGCUGCUGGAGAUACACAGUCUAGAAUCUAAAUUUUACACUCCAGUUAAAAAGAUUUUGUCAAGCUUUUAAGGCUAUUAUUUUCAUUUUCCAAACAUAGAAUGUUAGUCAAUUAUUAAAUACAAAUUUUCAUCUACCCUUGUCUCUACUCAACCCAAAGUUCUGACAUUGCACCCAAACGCACAUCCCUCCACAGACCUAAAGCCAGACACCUGCCCUGUACUCGGCAGGUUCUCUCCAAAUAUUAGCAGAGGAAGAAGAAGGAGGCAGCGCCUUUCAGGUAGCACUGAUUCUUGGACAUACUCUGUCCCAGGUCGAACCCCACUGGCAGCAGGAAUUCUGAAUGUAUCGGGGACCCCUUCUUAGGCCUCAAAUACAGUACAGUUGGUCCAGCAUUGCUAAAGACUGACGAUUCAGGAACAAUGCCUAAACACAUCACUGAGGUCUUAAUCAUAGCAAAAUGUGAUAAAUUGUAUUGUGGAAAACUUUUAUACAUUUAAGCCAUGACCAUUUUGUCUAUCUUACUCUUGCACAAAGAAAAAAAUCUCUUGGAUGUUAAAAUUAAGAUAGUUGUAUGGUAUGAAAACUGUAGGUUUCGUCAUGUCACUCUCUAUGGAAAUAAGAGGGGUCUCCCAUUUACACUAAAACCCCAUUGGUCAAUCCCAGGUGGUGUCUUGAAGCACAAUUUAGCUGAGUACUGAGUAGUCACAAGCUCUCUCAGUUCAGGUUUGUUCGCCUUCUUCAAUAUGUAGGGUUGAUCAAGCUAAUAAUUAAUUGCAAAUAUCCCAUGUAUGAGGUUAAUUAAAAAUUUUUGCUAUGUCUUAUCUAAAUGUUUGCAUUUGUUCAAUUAAAUUGAUAUCUGUAGAUUGCAAGUUUUGUUUAAAGUAAAAUACUUUCCUGAGUUUCUAAGUCCUUAUCUCUUGUUCUAAGGUGCCUUUCUCACCUCCCACUGACUCAGUGAUUCUGAAAGUUCUUAAUUUGAAAAUCAAACAAGUCUAAUAAUGAGGAGGAAAUCAGGCACAAAGUGACUAAGUCUCCUACCCAUGUGCAAAGCAAAACCAUAAAGAAUGAAGAAACCUGGGUGACUAAAUAUAUGGAUCUCUUCAUUCAAGCAGAUUGAGGAAAUAUCACAAAUAUUAACUCCCCAGAAGCUGAUAUUUUUUGCCUUAAAUGACAUGGUUGUGUUUUUUAAGAGAAACUUAAUAUAAUUAUGUGCAUUUAAGUGAGCAGUUCUGAAAGUCAUGUACGACAAUGCAAUUGUCUAUUUCCUGAAAACAAAUAAAUCGGGAAUAUGGUAUCCAUUUCAAGCUAUCAUUAAAAUGUUAUUU